AUGGCUUCUUCUUCCGAUACUGGAGUAUCAGACACGUUGGACCCCAUGGCCAUUGUAUCGGACGAUGAGAUACUAUCCGAGGGAGAGGUUUACACGUUGGACACCACGAGCACAGAUGAUGACGACUUCCAGCCGUUUGCCCUGCCAGACGUUGCACCUUUAGCUGAUGGUCCUGUUGAUAGGGAUGAGGUCCAGCCCGCUGAUGGUAUUCUAGCUGGGGAUCUACCUCUUGCUGAGAUCCCUGCUCCUGCUCCACUUGCCGCAUUUCCCGUAGAGGAUUUGCCACUCGAUGUUAUGUCCGAUGACGACAUCGAUCUUUUCGAGGGUCCCCCUGAGGACGACCAUGAGGGUGGGGCCCCGAUUGCUGAUGAUGUUGCCAUUCCUAUUGAAUAA